AUAACCUGUCACCCCGAUGCUCUACUUCUAACGUUUAUCACAAAGGUACCCCACAUCUGCAGAGACGACUCCCACAUCUGCACCUCUCCAUCGUGCCCGCCACACUUUAUGUCAUUGCGUUUCGGUGGAGACCAAACGCGCGCUCCACUUGUCCCGUUCCGGAGGGGCACGUAGGGGCGGUAAUCCCCCCCGCGGCCUGCCAGCAUCCUCCCUCCCUCGCGCUCUUGCUCAAGGGCAAAUCGAGGAGCUCAUCUCCCGCCGCUGCGCAGCAUCAUCUCCCCGCUCGGCGCCUCGGGACCUUUGCUCAGUCGGAUGAACGCCGAGGAGCCACUCGGGCGGACGGACGGAGGACGACCUGCACCUCGCACCUGUGGCACGUUUCAAAAUGUCCAACGUCAGAUGAUUAGACGCCUGGCGUGAGUCUAGGGAUCACUUUCUGUGCGCCAAAGCUUUUGGAUAAGACGCGCUUUCGGUCCGCUUGGAGAAACAACCCUGAACGGAAGACAUGGAUUUGACGCGGAAACUUUGGCUUUUCCUUCGUCUGAAAAACGAAGAACUCAACUCUGGAAACGAUGCUGUGAAUCUGAGAGUUUCAUAUCUGUAGGUACAUUUUAGUACAGCAGAAUCAGGAUGAAAAGAUGGCAGCCAUGCUGUUACCAACGGGUCCUGAUGGCUUGCGCCGGUUCACUCGCGAAUCCAUGGCUGCGCUGGAGCAGCGGAUUGCGCAGGAGCGGGCCAAGGAGGCCAAGGAGGCCAAGGAGGCCAAGGAGGCCAAGGAUUGCCCCGCCGCUCACAGGCACGCAGAGCCGUCCAAACCCAGGAUCGACCUGGAGGCCGGCAAGCAGCUGCCACGCAUCUUCGGCGAGAUCCCUACAGAACUCAUCGGGGUUCCACUGGAAGACAUUGAUCCGUUUUACUACAAGAACCAAAGGACUUUUAUAGUACUUAACAAAGGGAAGGCCAUCUUCAGAUUCAGUGCCACAUAUGCAGUUUACGUAUUUAGUCCAUUACACUUCAUCAGAUCAAUCGCCAUCAAAAUUUUAGUCCAUUCAUUGUUCAGCUUGUUCAUAAUGUUCACUAUACUGACCAACUGUUUCUUCAUGGCCAUGUCUGAUCCGGCACCGUGGACAAAGUACCUGGAGUAUACCUUCACUGGCAUUUACACUUUUGAGUCGGCGAUAAAGAUAUUAGCGAGAGGAUUCUGUAUAAUGCCGUUCACCUUCUUGAGAGAUCCAUGGAACUGGCUGGACUUCAGCGUCAUUCUCAUGGCAUAUGUGACAGAAUUUGUAGACCUUGGAAACGUCUCAGCUUUGAGAACCUUCAGAGUACUUAGAGCCCUGAAAACCAUCUCAGUCAUCCCAGGUCUGAAGACCAUCGUAGGAGCUUUGAUCCAGUCUGUGAGGAAACUGGCAGACGUGAUGAUCCUGACCGUCUUCUGCCUCAGCGUGUUCGCGCUCAUCGGCCUGCAGCUCUUCAUGGGCCUGCUGCGGCAAAAGUGCAUCCGCAGCCUCGCGCACUGCGUCAACUCCUCCUUCAGCCCCAACGCAUCCUUCCUCUGCAACAACCGAACCUGGAGCUCCAGGGCCGACUUCCUCACCAGCGAAGAUAAUUUUUACAAAGUUGAAGGAGCAAAGGAUGCCUUGAUAUGCGGAUAUGGAAGUGAUGCAGGGAAGUGUCCAGAUGGAUUUGACUGCCUAAAAAUAGGGAGGAAUCCAAAUUAUGGCUACACCAGCUUUGAUACCUUCGGCUGGGCUUUUCUCGGCCUCUUCCGACUCAUGACACAAGACUACUGGGAAAAACUGUUCCACCAGACGCUGCGUUCAGCAGGGAAGACCUACAUGGUUUUCUUUGUGCUGGUAAUCUUCCUGGGCUCCUUCUACCUGGUCAACCUCAUCCUUGCUGUAGUGGCCAUGGCCUACGAGGAGCAGAAUCAGGCCACCAUCGCUGAGGCGUGGCAGAAGGAGAGGGAGUUCCAGCUGGCCAUGGAGCACCUCCGCACAGAGCAAAGACUGGCAGCAAAAAGACUAAAAGCACAGGAUACAGACUCAGUGUUGUCCCCAGAGUUGUCUCCGGUCUGUCUGAAGACAGGCAGCAUACGUCGAAACAGCAGCAGGAGGAGACGAUCACAUCGGCCGCUGUCAGAGGAAACGGCAGAAGAAGCUGCUGAAGAGAAGUUUGACCCACUGGAUGAGCCAAUGCCGUCUCUGUCUCCCCUCCCCGUCCACCCUCUGCUGGCCACACUCUCCUCCCACCCGCUCAGCACCAGGAGAGGAAGCCAGGUCAGCGUCUUCAGCGCUUUUCGGGCGCACAACAACUCGGAGGCUGACUUCGGGGACGACGAGUACAGCGCGCACGGGGACGCCUUCAGGAGUCGCACCAGUUCAACAGCAACGCCGUGGAAGAGGAGGGCGGGCAGUGUGCGGAGCCACUGCUCUCAAAUCUUCGGGCCCAGCCUCAACGUCAAUGGCCGGCUAAACAUCUCCAUUGAUCAGAAUGGAAUCACCACCCUGGGCCUCCACACUCCCACCUCCAUGCCGGCACACAGCAUGGAGAGGGUCAAAGAAGACACAAAGUUCACCGGUGUGGAAGACACAGUUCCCAGACUGUUCCUGCAGCCCUCCCCGACAGUGACUGAGCCCCCCCCAGUGCAGAGGAAAAGAGGGCUGAGCUCUGUCAGCUUCUUCAGCGAUGCCAUGGGGGAGCUCGAGGUGUCGAGGCAGAAGUGCCAUCCCUGCUGGUACAGAUUCGCCAAGAGGUACCUGAUCUGGGACUGUUGCCCCUGGUGGCUGAAGAUGAAGGACUGGGUGAAGUGCAUGGUGAUGGAUCCUUUCCUGGACCUGGGUAUCACCGUAUGCAUUGUGCUGAACACCCUCUUCAUGGCCCUGGAGCACUAUCCCAUGACUGAGGAGUUCAACACCAUGCUUUCAGUGGGCAAUCUGGUUUUCACAGGCAUCUUUACAGCUGAGAUGGUGCUGAAGCUGAUCGCCAUGGACCCCUACUACUACUUCCAACAGGGCUGGAACAUCUUUGACGGCGUCAUUGUUUGCCUCAGUCUGAUGGAGUUGGGUCUUUCCAAUGUGGAGGGGCUGUCGGUUCUGCGAUCUUUCAGACUGUUACGGGUCUUCAAGCUGGCAAAAUCCUGGCCUACUCUCAACACUCUCAUCAAGAUCAUCGGCAACUCGGUGGGCGCGCUGGGAAACCUCACGCUGGUGUUGGCCAUCAUCGUGUUCAUCUUCGCUGUGGUGGGCAUGCAACUGUUUGGCAAGAACUACCAGGACUGCGUGUGUAAGAUCUCCAUCGACUGUCAGCUGCCUCGCUGGCACAUGAAGGACUUCUUCCACUCCUUCCUCAUUGUGUUCCGGGUGCUGUGCGGCGAGUGGAUAGAGACCAUGUGGGACUGUAUGGAGGUGGCCGGGCAGCCGCUCUGUAUCCUGGUCUUCAUGUUGGUCAUGGUUAUUGGGAACUUGGUGGUGUUGAAUCUUUUUCUGGCGCUGCUGCUCAGCUCCUUCAGCUCCGACAACCUCUCUGCUCCGGAAGAGGAUGGCGAUUUGAACAACAUCCAGAUCGCCAUCGCCCGCAUCCAAUCCGGUGUCUCCUGGCUCGCCGCGUGCGUCGUCGACCUUUUCAACCGCAGCUUGAAGUGUCGGAAGCAGAAGGUCAACCAGGCCGUCAAGCCGGUCGGGAAUCACAUAGAAAGCAAUGGUGGGAUCUUCGGACGCUACGGCGAAAAGUAUUUCGUGCCAGAGGAAGACAGCUACAUGACAAAUCCCAAAUUGACGGUCAUCGUUCCGAUUGCACCCGGAGAGUCGGAUGUGGAGUUCUUGGAGGAGGAGGAGGUUUCUGAGUCUUCAGAGGAUGAAGACAACAAACCGGAGGUUAUCAGCCUAUCAGAGGGCAGCACGGUGGAUCUGAGGAAGCCUGGAGAAGAAAUGGACAACUUAUCAGAGGUGGCUGAAGAGAGCAUGGAGCCAGUGGAAUGCUUCCCAGAAUUGUGCACGAGGCACUGUCAUUGCUGUACAGUGGAUACGAGCCGUGGCCUGGGCCGGGCCUGGUGGAGGCUGAGGAAGACCUGCUACCAGAUUGUAGAACACAGCUGGUUUGAGACUUUCAUUAUCUUCAUGAUCCUGCUCAGCAGUGGGGCUCUGGCCUUUGAAGACAUCUACAUUGAGAAGAGAAAGGUUGUGAAGGUGGUGCUGGAGUAUGCUGACAAGAUCUUCUCCUACAUCUUUGUGCUGGAGAUGUUCCUCAAGUGGAUUGCUUACGGCUUCAAGAAGUAUUUCACCAACUACUGGUGCUGGCUGGACUUUCUCAUCGUGGACGUGUCCUUGAUAAGCCUGGUUGCAAAUUCACUGGGAUAUUCCGACUUUGCUGCCAUCAAGUCCCUGAGGACUCUGCGGGCUUUGAGGCCUCUCAGAGCUCUGUCCAGAUUCGAAGGCAUGCGGGUGGUCGUGAACGCCCUCAUCGGAGCCAUCCCGUCCAUUAUGAAUGUGCUGCUCGUGUGUCUCAUCUUCUGGCUCAUCUUCAGCAUCAUGGGGGUCAACCUGUUUGCUGGAAAGUUUGGGAAAUGCGUGAACAGGACGGGCUUCAUUCACAGUGCCUCCGUCGUCAACAACAAGUCGGAGUGCCUCUCUAUGAAUGACACCCAGUUCUACUGGACCAAAGUGAAGGUCAACUUUGACAACGUGGGACUUGGCUACCUUUCCCUUCUGCAAGUGGCUACAUUUAAAGGAUGGAUGGAAAUAAUGCAUGCAGCGGUGGACUCAAGAGGAGUUGAGGAACAACCCAUCAGAGAAAUAAACCUCUACAUGUACCUCUACUUUGUCGUCUUCAUCAUAUUCGGCUCCUUCUUCACCCUCAAUCUCUUCAUUGGCGUCAUUAUUGACAAUUUCAAUCAGCAGAAAAGAAAGUUAGGUGGGCAGGAUAUCUUCAUGACUGAAGAACAGAAGAAGUACUACAACGCUAUGAAGAAGUUGGGAUCUAAAAAGCCUCAAAAGCCAAUACCAAGGCCUGCGAAUUUUCUCCAGGCCUUCUUCUUCGAUCUCGUGGCCAAGCAAGCCUUUGACAUCAUAAUCAUGAUGCUCAUCAUCGUCAACAUGGUGACCAUGAUGGUGGAAACCGACGAGCAGUCAGAGCGCAAGGAAUCCAUCCUCAACAAGAUCAACCUGGUCUUCAUCGUGAUCUUCACCACCGAAUGCCUGAUCAAGAUCUUCGCCCUGCGCUGUUAUUUCUUCACAGUAGCGUGGAACAUCUUUGAUUUUGUGGUGAUAGUCCUCUCUAUCGUGGGAAUUGUUCUCGCCGACAUCAUUGAGAAGUACUUUGUAUCUCCGACCCUGUUUCGGGUCAUCAGACUGGCAAGGAUAGGACGGGUACUCCGACUUAUACGUGCAGCCAAAGGAAUAAGGACUCUCCUGUUUGCCUUAAUGAUGUCCAUGCCAGCACUGUUCAACAUCGGCCUCCUGCUGUUCCUCGUCAUGUUCAUCUACGCGAUCUUCGGCAUGGCGAACUUUGCCUACGUGAAAAAGACAGACGGCCUUGACGACAUGUUCAACUUUGAGACCUUCGGGAAUAGCAUGAUCUGCCUUUUUCAGAUCAGCACCUCUGCGGGUUGGGACAACCUCCUGAGUCCCAUCAUGGCCAGCUCCCCAGAGGAGUGUGACCUCCGCUAUGUCAACACCGGCACCAACACCCGGGGCAACUGUGGCAGCCCCUCAAUGGGUAUAGCGUUCUUUGUAAGUUACAUCAUCAUUUCUUUCCUCAUCGUGGUGAACAUGUACAUAGCUAUCAUUCUGGAGAACUUCAGCGUGGCCACGGAGGAGAGCACAGAGCCGCUGAGCGAGGAUGACUUUGAAAUGUUUUACGAGGUGUGGGAGAAGUUUGAUUCUGAGGCCACGCAGUUCAUUGAGUUUUCCAUGCUGUCGAUCUUCGCCGACACCUUGUCGGAGCCGCUGCGCAUAGCUAAGCCCAACAGGAUCAAGCUGAUCUCCAUGGACCUUCCCAUGGUCAGCGGGGAUAGGAUCCACUGCCUGGACAUCCUGUUUGCCUUCACAAAGCGCGUCCUGGGGGAGUCGGGCGAGAUGGACGCCUUGAAGCAGCAGAUGGAGGAGAAGUUCAUGAUGACCAACCCCUCCAAGGUCUCGCACGAGCCCAUCACGUCGACGCUGCGGCGCAGACUGGAAGAGGUGUCCGCGACCGUCAUCCAGAGGUGUUACAGGAGGCAUCUGGUGCGCCGGCACAUGAAGCAGGCGUCCUACCUCUACAGGCAGAUCAACUACGAGACUGCAGUGGAUGUGGAGAACGCUCCAGAAACGGAGGGGCUGAUAGCCUCCAUGAUGCAUCACUAUGGACUCGUCGGGCUGGAGAUUGCACAGACAACGGAGGACGCGCUACUGUCCUCGCCACCGUCCUAUGACAGCGUGACCAGAGCGACCAGUGAGCUCUCUGAGGUCGCCAGGUCCGUGUACAGAGGCUGUGAACUCGGGGAGCCUGCUGAGAGCUACGAGGAAACUUUCCUUUAGACUCAGAUGUGUGACGAGUGGUCACGGUCAAUGAGAUGAAGCUUUUUUUUAUAUAUCAGUAGAUGCUGAGGAAAUAUGCAAAGUUUUGAAGCAUAUCUUCUAUUUAAAGCCUCUAUUUAAAUUCAACUGCUCAGAAGUCCAUUUUGUUGCACAGUCAGGACCUCUGUGAGAGGAACCUGAUCUUCUCCUCACAAUAUCUCAAAUAUUUGGCAAUUUACACCGACCAUAGAAAAAAGAUGCACUCUACUUUAAUUUCCACUAUGAUUAUAAUGAAUCACACGUAAUCUCACCCCGUCUAUCGCCCGAAGUUGGCUGGGAUGGACUCCAGCCCCCCCGCGACCCUGCGUGCAGGAUAAGCGGUUUGACAAUGGAUGGAUGGAUGGACGUAAUCUCACACGUGUUAAUUACAUUCACUCAAAAGCCCAAAUGAUCUGCAGGUAACACUGAACAUCAACUUCAACAGGAAAAUGUUUGCAAAAUGGAAUUUGUAUUUACGGCAGAAUGUUUGUUUGUUUCCAGAGAUACAAACUGGGCAACCAACACUUCCAUGUGUGUUUUAUAUGACAAAUGGCGUAAGUUGUCUUCUUGGACCUGUGUUUUAUCUGAGCACUUGUACAAGGAAUUUUGUUUUCGGAGGCCAAUAUCACCUGAAGGCUGAGGGACAUUGAAAUGACACAUUACAUUUAUUUCACCUGCUUGACCAAACCAGCAGAAAGGGGGCACAUGCAUGAAAGGCAAAAGCAGCUGGUUCACUACGUUUUCUCACUAACAUUAACAACAUUUCUCACAGAAAACCGCAUUUCAUUGUUUGUAAGAACAUCAAGCAGCUAUAAUUACAUCAACAAAAACAUGGAUGAAAAAAUAGAAAUGUCUCUUUGUCUCUUUUUGUGUUUUGAAACACUUUCAGUAAACUGUAGUCGCGCCGAAAAUAAACCAACAGAACGGGAAAUUAACAACAUUGAGCAGCACACUCACAGGAAGCCACUGCUGUGUUUCUGAUUGACAUUCAUGACUGUAGCUGCUAUGAAGCUCUUCCACAGGGUUACUAAUAGGAUUUAACCAAAGCUAACAUCUGCUCAUAACUCUUUACGACAUUUUAAAAUUGAAGGAAAAACAUUACAAUACGUAAGUCAGCAUUAUGAAUUGAUAAUUAUUUGUAAUGUUUGGGAUUUAUUGAUUUAUUAAUGGCAUUAGUGGUGAAUGAAAUUAUUCAUUUGAUUCAAGGAAGGUGCUCCAUGCUGCAUGCGAUGAUAAAUUAAGGUCACUGGUUAAAUAGUAUCAAUUGUAUUUGUGAGGAAGUUCCUACUUCCUUUCUAUCGUAUUGUUCAUUAUGUGCUACUAACAAUAUGAAGAAAUGGUAAUUAUGUUAACAAUUACAUGUUAUAAAUAUUUUCACAAACAUUUCACAUUUCAAGUUGAACUUUUAUCAAUAACAGAAGUGUCCCUGAAUCAUGUGCCUGACUUUGACGAUGUCUUCCGCACACUAAAUCUCUUUAGGCCAUUUAAUCAGAUCCGAUGGAUGCGGAUUGGAAGAGCGUGAAUGCACUGAAAGCUCAUUUUGUAAUCAACUGUGUAAAGUACUUUGAGGCUGUGAAAUGUAUGUAAAGCAAAUUAUUUUUACCAAUUUUUUGUAAUGUAUUUAUAUUGAAAGACCAUUUCAGUGACUGAUGACGGCCAUGACAACAUAUGAUCAAAUUAUAUAACUGUGUUCUUUUUUAUAUAAAAGACUUUCCUUGAGGACCUGAUAGUCUGUAUUGCAUCUCGGUUGAUUGUUUCAUGGCUUGUUUUAUGAAAUGGUAAUAAAACUCUUUUCCAUAUUUGUGGGUUUCCCAACUCUCGGUAACGUUCAAAAAGUUGGAUGAAAUGUUUUGGAUUAUUUUAAAAUAAUUUAGCGUGGCCUUAUAACGGUUAAAACAUUGCCAUUAACUUAUUUGAUUUCUAAAGAUGUGUCAGAGGGUCCGUGCGGGGGGAGAGGAAGGUAGGACUCACACGCAGAGUUUCCAAACAAAAAAGGACUUUAAUGGUCAAAACUACAAAAAUUCCAAGAAGACAAAA